AGUGACGUACUGCGCCGGCGACGGCCUCGCUCGCCCACUCGGUGCGGCCUGGCGGCGGCGGCGGCGACGAGACUGGCGUGUCCGGGGCUCCUCGCAGGUCAGUCGAAGCGGCCCUCGGAGCGGGGGGGAGGCCGAAUCCCCGUAAGCCUCCCCCCACCCCGGCGCACGCUUAUGACGUCCCACACACCCAUUCUGCCCCCUCAGCCUCCGGGUUGCCCUUAGCAGCGGGAACAUCCCUUGGUACCCUAGCCGGACAAGAGAUGGGGAGGCCUGGGGGAAAACCCGGAAAAAUGGGGGGGGGGGAACGGGGACUGGCUUUCCACCCAAUUUUUCCGGUUUUUCCCAGGCCUUCCUAUCAACUCCGGGCGGCUCUCAACAGAAGACCAGAAACACGACAAAACUUCAAACAUUAAAAACUUCCCUAAACAGUUGCCAGUCUUUUUGGUGAGGUUUUCUGCUUUCUCCACAUGAAAUUUAAAAUCUCAAAUGAAAGGUGGAGAAAUAGUGAAGAGUAUGCAGUAGAAGUAAAUAAUAAAAAUUAUAUCAGAUCCCCGUACAGUGGUACCUCGGGUUACAGAUGCUUCAGGUUACAGACUCCGCUAACCCAGAAAUAGUGCUUCAGGUUAAGAACUUUGCUUCAGGAUGAGAACAGAAAUCGGGUUCCGGCGGCGCAGCAGCAGCAGGAGGCCCCAUUAGCUAAAGUGGUGCUUCAGGUUAAGAACAGUUUCAGGUUAAGAACAGACCUUCAGAAUGAAUUAAGUACUUAACCCGAGGUACCACUGUAUCUAAUUUUGUGCCUGUUCAAGUAGAAACGGAGGGAUUUCCCCACCCCGCAACUGAUGAGUAAGCCCAUAGAAAAUAGAAAGCCCGAGUAUAAACUUGUUGAACUUUAUACUUUAUUAGGCACUAUAUGAGGGAAAUGGGGAAAAGAUGAAGAUUUAUCGAAAGAAAAUCAGAAGAAGAUGGUUUGAAAGCCAGAGGAGUGUGGUAUGAUCAACAAUCCCCUGGAAGUUUGGUAAAAGGGCAGAGAAGAUGAUGAUUUGUCCAGGAGAAGAUCCAUGAAUACCAUAGUGAGAGCACUUCUAAUGAAAACUAGAUUGAAGAGGAUCAAAGAGAAUUGAAUAACAAGCAGGAAAGGCAGUGUAGCUAGAAGAGGUGGGUAUGACUGGAAAAACGUGGUUCAGCUGAGUAAUGAGGAGAUGUGGCUUAUGGUAAAAAAAAAAUAGAUCAACUUUGUUCUCAAGUAUGGAGGCAGGAAAUACAGAGAGACAGAUGAGAUUCAUAUUACAUGUUAUUCUACAAGAUUGAAAGAUCUGGAUGGGAGGAGUGGUUAAGGAAGGGUUGAGAAGUAGAAAACAGGACUCCAAACUAGAAAGAAGUGAUGGAGUAACAUAGCCUUGAAUAUAUGUAGAUAACUCCAUCUGCCCACAACGCCAGUAAAACAAGAUUUACUUGAAUGAUGUGUCUGGCAAAAGGUUGAAUAGAUGUAUAUAAUAGGCUGUUGCUUAUUUAGAUAAUUGGGCAUUGCUGGCACUACUUUGUACUAAAAGGCAAUUUCAACUUAAUUUGAUCGCAUAGCCAAAUUAAGGCUGCUUACCUAGGAGGAAGUCCCAUUGAACUCAGUUGGGCUGAGAAGACAACUACAGAGUUGCAUUGUAAGCCUGCAGAUAUUUCUGCCUUUUCAUCUUAAAAUCAAAAAUUUCUGCAGAUAAGGCAAAAUUGCACCUAACUUUAUCUUUGGUGGGUGGAAUAUCCUUGAACAUCCAGCACAAAGAAGCAUAAUUCAAAAACACUGGCCCCAUUACAGGUAGUAUAAUUGUUUUUGAGAUUUCAUUUCUUGGUACGGAUUUAAAACCCAUCUGUGUUGACUGGUGGUGUUGUAUCUACCAUUUUAUGGUAAACCCAGUGCAAUGACAGUGGCAGUACUGUUGCUAACUGGUAAGGGGAACACAUAGUUGUGGCAAUCAAAAUUAUUGGGCCACGGAGCUCAUUUUUAUAAUUUCCUUCUAUUGUGUUUGCAGACUUGAUAUGACAGACCCAGAUGUUCUCACGGAAGUCCCAGCUGCUCUGAAGCGCCUUGCCAAGUAUGUAGUACGUGGCUUCUAUGGCACUGAACAUUCUUUGGCCCUGGACAUUCUGAUUCGGAAUCCAUGUGUGAAAGAGGAGGACAUGUUGGAAUUGCUGAAGUUUGAUCGGAAGCAGCUCCGAGCUGUUCUCAACACUCUGAAAGGGGACAAGUUCAUCAAAUGCAGGAUGAGAGUGGAGACAGCCUCAGAUGGCAAGACCACCCGGCACAACUUCUAUUUCAUCAACUACCGCCUGCUGGUCAAUGUUGUGAAGUAUAAACUAGACCACAUGAGGAGGAGGAUUGAGACAGAUGAAAGAGAUUCCACCAACCGAGCCUCCUUCAGAUGCCCGAUUUGCUUUAGCACCUUCACAGAUUUAGAGGCAAACCAGUUGUUUGAUCCCAUGACAGGUAAGGUACAAGCAUUCAGUUCAUAAGGAACCCAACUGGGUUGGACAAAUUUUUGGUGCCUUAUCUGAGCAGGUUGAAGCUAAUGUGGGAACAAACCACCUAACUUGGUUAGUCCAUGUGAUUGAUCCAUGUUAACAGAUGGCUUGGAAGCACGGAAGCAUCUUACAGGCUUCAUGUUGCCUAUGUCUGGCUAAAGGAGAUGAAAAAGCCUUCUGGAAUUACCGUAUUUUUCGCUCUAUAAGACGCACCAGACCACAAGACGCACCUAGUUUUUGGAGGAGGAAAACAAGAAAAUAAAUAUUCUGAAUCCCAGAAGCCAGAACAGCAAGAGGGAUCGCUGCACAGUGAAAGCAGCAAUCCCUCUUGCUGUUCUGGCUUCUAGGAUAGCUGCGCAGCCUGCAUUCGCUCCAUAAGAUGCACACACAUUUCCCCUUACUUUUCAGGAGGGGAAAAGUGAGUCUUAUAGAGCAAAAAAUACGGUAAGUCUUAAAUGCAUCUUGGUAGAACGCUCUGCCUCAUGAGACCAGGGCCCUGCAGGAUCUGAUUUCUUUCCGCAGGGCCUGUAAGACAGAGUUGUUCCGCCUGCCCUUUGGCUUGGAGCCAAUUUGAUUCCCUCCCUCCCUCCCUUUCUUUCUUUUUCCUUUUCCUUCUCCUCCUGCGAUGAGGCUACAUUUUAAUAUUUUAAUGUCUCAUUAUUUUAAUGUUGUAUUUUAAUUUUGUUUUUAAGUUGUAAUCAUUCAACUUGUUUUUAUUAUUGCUUGUUAGCCGCCCUGAGCCCGGCCUUGCCUGGGGAGGGCAGGGUAUAAAUAAAAAUUAUUAUUAUUAUUAUUAUUAUCAUCAUUCCAAUAUCAUUGUGCUUUUUCCUUUUGGUAUUCUGAGGGAAAUCUUUUUAAUAAUAAAUUAUUCUACUUAAAAUGCUACUUAGUUGUAUCUCUCUUACUUCAUAGCAGCUUCUCUUCUUAGGACUUUUUCGCUGCACCUUUUGUGAGACUGAAGUGGAGGAAGAUGAAUCGGCAAUGCCCAAAAAGGAUGCACGGACGCUUGUGGCACGGUUUAACGAACAGAUAGAACCUAUCUAUGCACUCCUCCGCGAGACUGAGGAUGUUAACCUAGCCUACGAAUUACUUGAACCUGAGCCUAUGGAGAUUCUCGCGCUGAAACAGAGGUGGGCUUGGGGUACUGAACCUUCUGCACCUGGUACUGGUGUGUUGAUAUUCAAACAUCCUUUUGGUGUUGGAUAUGUUAGGACUGCUCAUGUGGCCCAGCCUUCCUUUGCACAACCUGUUGUGAGAAGAAUCAGGAUGCAUUUAGUCUGCAGCUAAAGGGAAAGAAGACAGACCGCUGAAGAAGUAGAACUCUGUAGUGUGGCACGUAAGGAUUAGUUGCUUAGCAAUGUGUAUUCCCAAUCACUUUGUCUGUUAUGACACUGGGAUUACUUAAGAUCCUACAGUGAGACCACAACAGUCAAAUUCCUAUGGGUAGCUAAUUUUUUAAGCGAAGCCUUAAGUUAGGGUGGCUAACCUUUUUUUUUUUAGCUUGAGAGCAGCAUUUACCCUUCACCAACCCUCCAGGGGAAAGUAUGGCCUCCUCACACCCACAAUAUGUUGCACACGACCCUCACCGUUCUCAGAAGAUCAGCUGAUCAGCAGAUUGCUUCCUCUCUGUUCAUCAGUCUGGUGACUAAGGAGUGGAGAAUUCCCAUUUCCACUGCGCUGCUAAACUCCACCCACCCCAGUUCUGUCUACCUUAUUUGUUUAGUUAUUUCUGUUUCCACCACCCAUGUCGGUGAGGCCUUGGGGAGUGAGAAGAAAAUGGGGGUGGUGGAUCAGGCCCCUGAACUGAAGCUUAGUCACCCUGCCCUAAGUGUUUGAAACUAGACUCUUGAAAAGAACAACAAAAACAAAACACUUGCUUUAACAAUACAGCUGAUAUAAAGGUGUCCAUAAUCCAAUAACUUGUUCCAAGAAGAGGUGCUAACCAUUCGUCUUCUAAUGUUACAAUUUUUCUCAAGACACUUAUGCCCAUUUCAUUUAUAUAUAAUAACUGCAAAUAUGUUGUUGUUGCCGUCAAUUCUUAGUCGUGACUAACUCUUUGUGACCUCAUGAAUCCAUGCUAGGCAAAGAUGAUACUAUCCACUUGUUACAGAUUACAUUGCUGAUAUAUUAAAUUAGGGCUUAUCCCUACACAUGACGCAAGACUAGGUGAUAGAAGCCUGAGGUGAUAAAAUGGAUUUUACCAGGCCUAAUGUCCCACCCAUGCACAUGUAACAAACCCCAAACUGCCUGAAGGUUUAAGAAACAAAACCCAAAUACAUCAGAAGAUAGGUACUAGCCCAGACUGCUCCUUGGUUGUACCAAUUUAUACUCAGAGGUAAAUUAGUUUUAACGUAUAGGAACUUACAGGAAUCCUUCAGCUAUAGUCUGAAGUGAUACUGGCUGUUAUAUCACCUCAGAACUCUUCCACCUCUCUCUGCUAUGUGUGUUUAGAACAGACUUUUAUUUAGACAAUAUAUGCGUAUCCCUAAUGGUUCCAUUAUCUGUCUUUAUACAGUGGCGCUCCUCUUCAUAAUCCAACAUUAAUAAACAUAUAGUGAUACUUAUAUCCCCCAGUUGAAAUUUCCAGAAAUUCCUGAGAUAAAGACACUGCUGCGAAAUCUGCAUGGUUUAUGGGAUCAUUCUAUUUAUUUAAUUACAUUGAUUAAUCACCCCGCAAAGCAAUGUUCUGAGAGCCACAAAUCUAGUAAAACACCAAAAUCACAGUCCAGAACUCUUAUGAAACAAACAAUCCACAUCAGAGCAGAAGCUAAAAAAAUUUUUAACCGUAAUCACACCUAAUAACAGAGCCACAAUUUUUUCCUUGUAGAUCGAAAAUGUAGAACGCUGUAAGUGUGAUUUAACAGGUCAGUUUAUUUAAAUGAGUGAAAAUACCUGUGUUAGCAAAGUGUUGUGUUUUAUAGACUGGGAUGCGAAUGGCGCUGUGGUCUAAACCACUGAGCCUAUUGGGCUUGCCGAUCAGGUCAGCGGUUCGAAUCCCCACGACGGGGCGUCCCAGCUCCUGCCCACCUGGCAGUUCAAAAGCACGCCCGUGCAAGUAGAUAAAUAGGUACCACUGUGGCGGGAAGGUAAACUGUGUUUCUGUGCACGCUGGCUUUUGUCACGGUGUCCCGUUGGGCCAGAAGCAAUUUAAUCAUGCUGGCUAUGAGCACCGCAACCCCAUAGUUGCCUUUGACUGGACAUAACUGUCCAGGGGUCCUUUACCUUUUUUUUACCUGUGUUUUAUUAUUGUCUACAGCAAGGAGCGGGCUGCCGGUGCUUUGGCAAACAGCAGUCUAUCAAGUGGGCAGCACAGGGAGGCCUGGUCUACAAAGGGACCCUCUUAUGAGGACUUGUAUACCCAGAAUGUCAUCAUCAGCAUGGAGGACCAAGAAGAUGUGCAUCAGCCAGCUAAGGAAGGGAAGCCGCCUAGAGAGAGACCGGUUUGGCUGCGUGAGAGCACAGUGCAAGGGGCUUACGAUCCUGAUGAAGUGAAAGAAGGUAAGAAAGCUAAAAAGCAGUGAUUCAUGAACAGGUAACCUCAGUACUUGACUACUGCAGCGCCCGUCAUAUGGGACUACCCUUGUGCGUGCUGGAAGCUCCACCUGGUGCAAGAUGCUGCAACUAGACUCUUGAUGGGAACAGACUCUCGCCAGUACAUAUCAAUCCGUCAGUCCUAUCAAUCAAAUCUUUAUUACAGUCAUAGACCAGCAUAAGUAGGGUGGGGUACGAUCAUUUAAAAUCUGUAAAACGUUUUGGUUAAGCUAAAAUUAUUAAAAACAGAUGGUAUAUAUAAAAGACUAUAGGAAUCUAAAAGAAACUAAAAGAGUCUAAAAGAAGGGUUAGGAGCAUUAAACGAAUGUGAAAGUGCAUAAAACAUUAUGACUACCAAUUUACAAAGCACUCUGAUAUGGUAAAGGUAAAGGGACCCCUGACCAUUAGGUCCAGUCAUGACCGACUCGGGUUGUGGCGCUCAUCUCGCUUUAUUGGCCAAAGGAGCCGACAUACAGCUUCUGGGUCAUGUGGCCAGCAGGACUAAACUGCCUCUGGCGAACCAGAGCAGCGCACGGAAACGCCCUUUACCUUACCACCUUACCUAUUUAUCUACUCGCACUUUGACGUGCUUUCGAACUGCUAGGUUGGCAGGAGCAGGGACCAAGCAAUGGGAGCUCACCCCAUCACAGGGAUUCGAACUGCCAACCUUCUGAUCAGCAAGUCCUAGGCUCUGUGGUUUAACCCACAGCGCCACCUGCGUCCCUCACUCUGAUAUGAGUGUUCAUUAAAUCUAGUUUUUGGUACUGGUCAUCAUCCGACGAAUUUUGAACGCUGCUGUGCAGAACCUGGCAACACUGUAUGUUAUAGCAGGGCUGGUAACUAAAAGUAGCAGGGAGAUAUAGAAUUGUCCUGUGAGCCCUGGAUACUUAGGGAGUAGUGGGGAGAUGAGGCUAAUACGAAUGUCUCUAUAACAUAGGCAUUGGAGAAGCACAUGCUCUAUUGUUUCUAUUUGUCCAGAAUUACAGGGGCUCUGAGUAAGCAACGCCAGUACAUAACCUCAGAGCUUAAAAGCUUGCACUGGCUGCCCAUGUUAUGGAGGCAGGUUUAAUGCUCUCAUAUUAAUUUCCAAGGUCCUUAGCAACUUGGGUUCAUGAUAUCUUAAGGAGCGCCUGAUCCCUUAUACCCCUGCCCGUUCAUGGAGAUCGUUGGAGAAAUUAGCUGAAUGGUUCAAAACUACUAGAAGCUGUGCCUUCAGUGUUGUGGGCCCAAGCCUGCGGAACUCCCUCUCAAUUGAGAUUAGAUAAGCAAACUCCUUACUGAACUGCAGGCACGUAACAAAGACUUCCUUAUUUCAGCGGGCAUUUUAAUGUACACUUAGAAAUUCUGAGUAUUAAGCAAUAUAUCAAUAUCUGAAAUUUAAACAGAUCUGGGAGAAAUAAAGAAGUGAAAGUGCGUAAUUCAGAAUGGGGAAGUGUGUGCUCUACAUAUUUGUGCACAUGCGAACACACUGUCUUAGUGCUUACGCCUGUUAAAGUAGCUGCCUUCUCAGAGAUGUGUAAAAAGUGUGAUUAGUUUACGCUCCUUAGAACAUUUACACCAGGCAUAGGCAAACUCGGCCCUCCAGAUGUUUGGGUCUACAACUCCCAUCAUCCCUGACCACUGGUCCUGUUAGCUAGGGAUGAUGGGAGUUGUAGUCCCAAAACAUUUGGAGGGCCAAGUUUGCCAAUGCCUGAUUUACACUGUUUGUUUUCUAACACUGAAGUCUCAGUGACAGAUGCUCUGCCCCAGGUUGAUUUUUAGAACUAAAGAUUUUCGGAAGGUUGAGUUCCAGAAGGCUUAGUUCAUUGCAGCAAAACUAACAAUGUCUUGUGGGACAUCUGUAGGACUUAAAAUUGACAUGAUGCUUUCAGAAAGCUUGGAAGCAAUUUAUGCACAUUAUCUUACUGUAAUUCUCACUACAACCAUUUAAAGUAGCCUGGUACUAUGAUCCCUAUAUUUCCCAUUGGGAUGUGGGGUCAGACUGAGCAACUGGGUUGCAUAAGGCUGACUGAUUCAUGAUCAAGGUGAGAUUCAAGGCACGAUUUUCCUGAUUUAUAAUGCAAUCUCUUAGCUGCAUUAUACCAGCUUACCUUAGAAACCAAAAUGUUGGUUGUGGCAUUGCACUUCUUAGUGUAACCACACCUUUGUGGGGUUUAAUCCAUCCCCAGUUUCACAGGUUUACCACAUUUCCUAACUGGGAAUGGAAAGAGGACUGAAGAUACCUCUUCCCUGCGGUGUUGUUCUUUCUACGUACAGAGAAAUUUCUCAUAGAAGAACAUUCAGAUAUUCAUCUUCCCACCCCCACCUUUGAAAUUACAUAGUACAAGAAAAGGUACACCACUUUGCUCAGUUUAUAGCAGGGGUCAGCAAGGCUUACCGGGCAUGGGCCAGAUCACUCCCACAGAGAUCCUCUGUGGGCCAGACUGGCACAGCGCGAUGCCGGAAAUCGCUUCUGCGCAUGCCCAGACCCCGGAAAUCACACCUGAGCCUCUUGGGCUUGCUGAUCAAAAGGUCAGUGGUUCAAAUCCCCGCAACAGAGUGAGCUCCCAUUGCUCUGUCCCAGCUCCUGCCAACCUAGCAGUUCGAAAGCUUGCCAGUGCAAGUAGAUAAAUAGGUACCGUUGUGGUGGGAAGGUAAACGGUGUUUCUGUUUGCUCUGGUUUCCAUCACGGUGUCCUGUUGCACCAGAAGUGGAUUAGUCUUACUGGCCUCAUUACCCAGAAAGCUGUCUGUGGACAAAUGCCGGCUCCCUCGGCCUGAAAGCGAGAUGAGCGCCGCAACCCCAUAGUCGCCUUUGACUGGAAUUCAUCGUCCUGGGGUCCUUUACCUUUUACCUUUGGUAUCGCAGCAGUAGCAUGUAAAAUUGCUUCCCUUGUUUUCUUGCAGGUGGUCAAGACACAGAUAUGUUACAGGAAGGGGAAGAGGGUCAGGCUGCCCUAGACAAUAAUGAGGAGGUGAUGCAGGCUCUGCUCAUCCACGAGAAGAAAACCCCCUCUGCCUCUGCAGCUGCCAUGGGAGGUAUCGCCCCACUAUCUGCCACCAAUGCCAGUGACUCUGAGAGCGAGACGAGCGAAUCGGAUGAGGACUCCCCUCCCCACGUCGCCCCGGCUGCAACAACACUCUAUGGGCUGACAGAGGAAGAUGAUGAUGAUGAGUUUGAGGUGGUGACGGAAGACCCCACUGUCAUGGUGGCGGGACGCCCAUUUUAUUAUAGUCAAGUAACCCAACGACCUGAGCUGGUGGCCCAAAUGACUCUGGAGGAGAAAGACCAGUACAUAGCGAUGGGCCAGCGGAUGUUUGAGGACAUGUUUGAUUAGCUCCCUUCUGCUUGUGUGCAGCAUUUAUAGAUGAUAGUCACCUGGAAAUUCUGGAACAGAGCAAAAUACUGAAUUAUAUUCCCAUACAUUCUGAGUUAAUUCAAUUGUUCUUUACAUUUACACAGAAAAUGCCACAUGAGUAAUCAGUCAGACUAAAGAGGCGGCCAGCCAAAGAUGUAUGAGAGUGUGAGAGCUUGCUGGGCAAUCUGGAUUCCCUUCCUCACAUAUUUGUGGGCAGAGCUACCUUCUGACUGAAAGUUUCCAGAGCCAUUCAUUUCCAUGUACUUAAUAAUUGUUUGCUUUUGAUCUGGGAAAUAGGAAUGCCCUUUUGAUUGCUUGUUUUUCUGUCCUGAAAGGGGGUUGUAGAAGGCAUUGUAUUGAGUUUCCUAGAUUCUGAGUCAGUGAUAGCAUCUCCUCUGAAAAUAAUAUCUAAAGAUGGUUGCUUCAGAACUGCAUAUGAUCUGCUUGUAACUACUUAAUGCUCUUCAUACUUAAUAUAUGGGUAUUUUUUAUUUCUUACAACCAGACAAGCAGGAUAUAUAUUUUGUUCCCCAUGUACCAUUUUCUUAUAGAUCCUAUCGUUUCUAAAAUCGAUCUAUAGCUGCAGAGAACAUAUGUACAAUCAUGUUAAUUAAUGGAUAGUAAGCCACCACAGUGGUUGAAAUAGCUUUUUGGAGAAAGAGGCACACUGGAGACAAGGAGACAUUUUGGUUAUUGCUGACUAGGAAGAAGUUGUCACAGCCUCAAAGAGCAUGGUGAAUUUUACAGUCUUGUAAAACUUGUCAUUUUUGAAAUUUAUUUUCCAGGUCAGUGAUUUUAUUUCUUUGCUAACAUGGGCGGAUUCCUGGCUUUUCAUGCAAUCACUUCGCCUGCAGUGCUAUAAUUUUUAAAUGAGUGGACUUGACUUCAAAAUGUAAAUUACCUUCAGUUCAGCCCCUACUUCCAGAAGUGCUCUUAUAUUUCCCAUUGUAUGUCAUAAUCUAAAGAAGGGCCAAAACUGUCAAAACAUAUUUUUCCCCAUGCUGGAUAGUCCAUGUUGAAUGAAAAACACUCUUCUCCAUUCUUGGGCUCUGCCCAAAAAAGUGAUUUUGCCUAAGUUAAGACUCGGGCUGGGGAUAUUUUAAUUUGGCACAAACCCAAAAGGUUUUCUCGAUUUUGAAUGAUUAUGCAGAACUUUGUUGUGUGUCAGUAUUUAGCACAGAACAGUCUAUUUUAUAUAUCCAGCAGUGCCUACACAAGCAAAGCUGAUCUUGUAGUGUUUUACGUUUUAAAAACAUUUACAGCUUUUAAAAAUCAUUGUUUUUCUUAUUUGGCAUUAUAGUAGAGCAGAGUGGUAAAAGGACUGUGUAUUUUAAAACUUUAGCAUCUGCCACACACGCUGUUUUAAUUUACUGAAAUGGUACAUGUUAUCAGUCCCUUAAAAUGUAAAACCGUUGUAUACUGACCCUCUAUGUUUUGUUAGUCUGUGAAGUUUCUCUUAAGAUUUUAUCUUUGGAAAUUUUGAUAGGUAAUAGACACACAAUCUUUAAACUAUGGUCUAAAUUUUUAUUCCCUCUUAAAAUAAAAAGGCACAAACAACGUGUUCCACUGAACAAAUUAGAGCAGCUUGCUUUUUUCUUUUUUAGCUUAAUGGGAUAAUACUUGUUGAAGAGUUCUUGUAAUACCAUGUUGCAUGCAGACUUGCUAAGUAACGUGGCCUCGUUGCUGCUGGCUGGCUCAUUUGCAGUAUAGUGGGGAAAUCCACCCAGAUGGGCGGGGUUUUAUUUAUUUAUUUAUUUAUCUAAUGGUGCCAUGCCCUGGCAAUUGGAAACAAUAGCUUGUCUACCCCACCUCUACCCCAGGUGAGGAGAGGAUGACGACACGCAAAAGCCCAAGGGAUCACCAAACCAUGGUUUAGCAUUGCAACUGCAUUAAAACUCUUGCAUUGCAGAUGAGAUCAGAUCUGAAGCAUAAUUGUGGUAUGAAGUAAGAAGUAGAUUGUGAAGCUCUUUGAAUGGUAAAACUAUCUGUGUCUCAAGGAUGUUUUAGACAAGGAAUGUCUUCAGUAUGUGGAUCCAUGAAGAAACAAAUCUUAUUUCCAACUGCCUUUAUUCCUCCACAUUUCCAAUCCUCUCUUAGAUUGGAUUAUAUGACACUCAGUACUAUGGAAUUCCAUCCAAGAUGAGUUUUCAGAAUGGUCCUGCCUUCCUUAGGGAAGUAGUUGCAGUUCUUUUAACCUGCAUGUCCAAUGGGAUUUACUCUCAAGUUUGUGUGCAUGGGUCAUAACCUAAGAGCCUAUAGAUGUUUACUGAGAGAUAAUUUAUUGGGGUUCACUCCCAACAUAGAGUGCACAUAGAAUUGCAGACUAAUACUGCAGAUAAGUAAAGCAUGUUGUUACAGACUGAUUGCAUUUAUGAGUCUUGACAUUCUAAUUUUAACUAAUUUCUUUUGGGCAUCUGGUGUCCCAAAGGCCCAGGCAGGGUAAGUUAUAAUCUAAAAAUGAAUAAUUAAAAUGUUUCCAGCAGUCAGACUUCCUUGAAUAUGUCUGAGCUGGGUUUCAAGGAGACUAAGAGAAAAAAAUGCUUCGCUGGUUCUCGGAAAUCUAGUUCUAUAACACAGGAAGCUGUUUUGUCUGGAAAUGUCAAGUUCUUCUGCCCCGUUUUAAAAAUCUCUUCUCAGGAACCAAGCCCCCACACACAUAUGUUUUGCUUUCUGAAAUAUGAUUCAUGCUGCUCUUGGAUAGGCUUCAUCGUGUUGCCUUCAUGCGGUGACAGCAAUCUGUGCACUGCUACCAAGUUUGCUGUAGCAUUCGUACAAUAGGCUAUUGUUGAGUGGAGUGGCAGGGAGGUAACGCUCAGGAUUGUGGCAAUAUAUAACAUGCUGACAUGCAGGUGCUGCUGUACUCAAGGUUCUCUUUGCCGCCCACUCCUCACUACUUGAGUAAGGUAAUGGAGUAUAAUACCAGCACAAACUCCUCAUUGUGAACCUUAAAGCUCUCAUCAUCAUCAUUUUUUAUUUGUAUGUCGCCUUUCUACAGUUAAAAAAACAGUGCUCAAGGCAGCUUAUAGCAUAACAAGAUUUACAUAAUUACAAAAGUCAUAAACAAUAAAUAGGUAAAGGUAAAGGGACCCCUGACCAUUAGGUCCAGUCGUGGAUGACUCUGGGGUUGCGGUCCUGUACCCGGCGUACAGCUUCCGGGUCAUGCGGCCAGCAUGACUAAGCCGCUUCUGGCGAACCAGAGCAGCACACAGAAACGCCGUUUACCUUCCCAUCGGAGUGGUACCUAUUUAUCUACUUGCACUUUGACAUGCUUUCGAACUGCUAGGUGGGCAGGAGCAGGGACCGAGCAACGGGAGCUCACCCCGUCGCAGGGAUUCGAACCACCGACCUGAUCGGCAAGCCCUAGGCUCUGUGGUUUAACCCACAACGCCACCCGUGUCCCUUUUAAACAAUAAUUAAACCACAUC